UCAUUACAAGCUUACAAACCAACCAUCCUUUCAAUCAAAACUUUGCCUUCUUCUUUCUCUUUCACACACACACACACACACAAAAAAAACACACUCAGAAAGAAGGCCCAUUUCUACGCUCUCUAUCGCUAUCAUAUGAAUUGAAUCUAAUUCCCUUUUGAUUUCUUGGGUUUCGGAAAAAGUGGAGAUUUUGUGAGAUGAGCAAAGAACGGCCACCUGAGCCGCUUGAUUUCUUUAUUUGGACUGUUGAGGAUGUGGGACUUUGGUUGGAAGAGAUAAAUCUGGGCGGGUAUCGCCAAACUUUCAAAGAAAAUGGUGUUAAUGGGGAAUACCUGGAAGGUAUGUCCAUGUUCACAACCGAGCAAAUUCUUCGCUUUAUACGCCGUUGCCACAUGAAGUGGGGUGACUUUAUUACCCUAUGCAAGGAACUGAGAAGAAUUAAAGUGGCUUGCUUGAAGGGGGAGCAAAAAGUGCGUCGGCCAUGGUGGGCUCCAUCUUGCUUAUCAAUAGUCUUUGUGAGGGUGGCAAAGCGUAAUAGGCAAUCACGGGUCGUUUCUAUGAAACUAGAACCUUGACUGAACGACAGGAAGGAUUAAUCUUACAUCUUUAAUCCUGAUUAAUCCGUGUCUCGUCAGGAUGUCAGAUGUUUGAUACUUCCCACAAUAUCUGCACAUGUCCUUUUGUUUCAUUUUCCUUUAGGAAUCAAAUUAGCAAAGAGUACCUUUUCUGAUGUGUCUUGGAAAUGGGGUGGCAGGUUCUUCGCGGAGAGGAUAUGCAAAAGCCAUGUUAUAUUGUAUCUUAUGUGUCAAUUUUAUGUAGUUUUUGUGUAAAGUUUGUGCAAGAUUUAUAGUAUAAUACCGAAAGAUGAAAAUUGUACUGUAUUUCCAUUUGUGUAGAUAUGUUUAGCUCUAUACUCGAGAGCAUGUUUUUGUGUUGA